AUGGUCUAUUAUUGCGGAUAUCUCGUGCGAGACGAUUGGUUGUUCCAGCGAGGCGUUGAUUUGGGACAGCCGCUCCCCGUGACCACAGGAGACGCGAUGGAUAUUAUUUGCCUGGCUUCGACGGAUGUCAGGACAGAGACGGGUGUUUACUGCUACACCAAGUUUCGUCAAGUAAAAACCGCCAAGGGCACCGCGUUUUGGUGCAUUGCCUUCGCCUCGAACGACCCUUGCGAACACUUACCAACCAGCGCGCCUUCGGAGGAGAAAUACAAGGCUUUGAAGGAGGUGCUGCAGAAGAAAGGCCCGCCUCGCUGGUACCGAGCUUAUUGA